GGUUAACUUGACGGUGUCUGUUAUCGCAACAGAUCAGUUUGGCUGAGAAGAAGAAGAAGAGGAGCGUCUAUUUAACUUCGGAGCGAACACCGUCUCUUCUCUUCCGUCUGAAAACCUUUUGUUUUAACUUCUUUUGGUUGGAAAGUUGUUGUUGGUCUUUGCCAGGAUGGUGAAAGUUUCUUUUAACUCGGCGUUGGGACAGAAAGAUGUGAAAAAAGACGCAGAAACUCUGAUUCCCGAGGAGGACAAAGUGAGUAAAAAUGGCUAACAGCGCUCAGAGCUUCAGACACACGCAGUUUGAUUAAAGAGGGAAACACUCGAGAGAAACGCUCUUUAUCUUUACUUUUACACUCUUUAACUAACUCUUUACUCAUUUAAGAGUCUAAAGACAACUAUUUUCACCGUUUAUAACGACUUACCGUUUAUCACUAUUACCUUGUUAUGCACGGUGUGUUACCGAACUUUAUCCACAUUUAUUCAUCAAACAUCAUUUUAACACAGAAAAUUAACUCUUUAUUUUAUUUAAACGUUUUUAGAUCACUCUAUAGUGUUUGUGAGCCUCAGUUUCUCUCUUUAUAAAACCUGUUAAAGCGGAUUUAAGUGAGUUAAAGAGCUUUUACUGAGACAGUGUUAUUAUAGGUCUAAAAACAGGCUCUAAGUGAUUAUUAAAACUGAUUUAAAUAUAUUUAAAAUAACUGUAUUUAUCAUAAAUUGACUCUUUAUUAUGAAAAUCAACAAAAGAAUCUGUUUGUAAAGUCAUAAUUUCAUUGUUAGAAUCCCAUAUCUUCUAAUUUAUAACUUAAAAUUUUCUUCAUUUUAACAAGAAAUGAUCCGACAAAUCCUUACACAACAGUCAGAUUAUCACACAAACUAAAAUCAUAGGAAAUAAAAUCAGUUAAUUAACUUUUCCACCAUUUAAAAACACACUGAUGACACAUUAACAAACUUAAUUUAGUGUUUUAUACUUAAGUUUAGACUUAAGCUUCUUCCUCAGUAUAAAGUGUUUUUAUAUCAAACCUCCUCAUCAGUCAGAGACAUUUACAAAGGUGUGUGUACUUUGUGUACUUUGGUUCUGCUUUUAUAGUACUGAACAUGGUGGUUUUACUUUCUCUCCUGGUUUACUUUAUAUUUUUAUUUUUCCUGUUUCAGAGUUUAAAGUUUAGUUUAUUGACUUCAUUAGAGGAAAUGCUGCAUGUUUUUAAUGAUGUAUUUUAUUUCACAGCUGCUCUUGUUGUUUGUGGACAGAUUAAAUAUUUAAGACCAGAAUACCUGUUAAAGUACCUAAAUAUCAGCUUGUUCAGUGUGAAUAUUUGCUUUUUUGACACUUUAUCAGUAAGAAGCUGCUGCUGUGAACUUACUAGACUAUAAAACUUCGUAGUAGAAAGGUGCUGUCGUCUUUAAUCCUGUUUUAAUAAUCUUCAUGUUAAUAGAAUAAUCCACUGUGAGCGUCUGAACGUCAUCUGUGUGGUUUUAUUUCUAUGAGAGCGCGGUCCUGUCGCUGCAUGCAGAUGAUGCGUCACCAUCAUAACAGAUCCAUGUUAGAGACCUGAGAGGUUAUCGUCUCUGCAAACAUCCUGAUCAUCGACUGGAAACGAAGAGUUUGGCCUUUAAACGCUCAGAUAUUUGCCACACGGCGCCGUGUCGGGAGUUUCUGAACUUCAGACUGAAGGUCUGAUGAAGUUUGUAAGUGUGUGUUUGUGUUUGUGUGUGAGUCUGUCUGCAGGAUGUGGACGUGCAGCAGCAGAAUUAAUGACAGUAAUGAAGUGGAUGGUUUUGGCCGUUGAACGCUGCCUGCUGAGGCGUGUUGUUGUCGGUCUCUGAGUGACGCCGUCUCCACCCCGCCGUGCAGGAGCUGCUCUCAGUCUGAGGAAGUUUGACCUGUUUUUUUGUUCAGGGUUAAAGUCCUCAGAGAUCUGAAGCAGGAGGAGCGCUCGCACAUUUACAGUUUGUUUUAUAGAGAAGUGCGUCUCCUCGGUCUGAUCUGCGGUCCUGGGUGGUGUGGUGGGUGUACUUCCUGUCUUCAUGUGCCUGCAGACUCAGUUUCAGGCCCCUCCCUCCCUCUCAGGGUUUCAGCCGGACUCUUAUCUGGACGAUCAGACCUCCAAACACGGCGGCACAUUCUGGACUCUUGAUUUCCUGCACGUAUCAGAGCAGCUCUGGCUGUUUUUAGGAGGAUCCAGAAACAAGAGAAACUGUCACAGUUUGGAUCAUUCUGGGUUAAAUCUUUAACGACCUGAUGGUAAAUGCAUGUGAAAACCAGUUUAAAGUGGGUAAAACAUGAGUGGACCAGUUUGUACACCAUCAUGUCAAAGUGAAAGUUAAAGACGAUGUUUUUAUCUGUCCGACUUUGUUUCACUUUCCUGAGACAGUUCGAUGAUCAGUCACGAUCAAUCAGCUGAUCCCUGUAAAUAAACCCGAUCUGCUGCAGAUCAAACGUGUGUGUGUUUUACACCGUGCACACACACACACACACACACACACACACACACUAACGUGUCAGUCGUGUGGAUGUGGUGUGAGGUUGAAGAAGAGGAAACUCAAAGAUAGUGAAAAUUAACGCUUGAAUUUACUGACAGAGGAGGAGUUUAUUUAUCAGAAACUCAGGAGGGACCAAAACCGGGACCAGGACGUGGAUUUAAAGGAACCACAGAUGUGAACAGACCGGAGGAGUCGAGCUCAGAUGGUCUGUGUUUGCAGGGUUAGAGAGUUAAAGGUCAUGUCUUGUGGUUUGUGGAUGAAUAAUCUGGUUAAUAUUAAAGAAUGAUGGUGACCAGGCCGCUGAAGCCUCUCUCUCUCUCUCUCUCUCUCUCUCUCUCUCUCUCUCUCUCUCUCUCUCUCUCUCUCUCUCUCUCUCUCUCUCUCUCUCUCUCUCUCUCUAAUAAACCUCCACUCAUAUAAUCAUAAUAAAAUUAAUAAUAAUUAAGUGACUGAAGGUUUGAUCUGAUAUGUAAGGACUCAUUUUCUGGUUUGUUUACCGUGGAUGCAUAAAAACUGGAGUAAUCGAGUCCUCGCUGUGACCGCCAUGAUUAAAGACUCCGUCCGCACAGACUCAGAGGCCGGUCUCUGCACAGACGUCUACGUUACCAUCAGCUGUCCUUUCAUUCACACGUUCACACACCAUGAAGGACCCUCUCAUCUGCGAGUUCUCCAUCACACGUCCAUAAAGUCAGGGUUUCUGUGAAUCUGGGUCCUGAAGUUCAGCGUCUUCUCCUCGUCUGUCAGCCAGAGUUUGUAAAACCAUAAUCCUAAACGGGUUAAACUGGGAUGACACCAGUCAGCUUCACCCUCAGCUCGUCUCUGUCAGACAUUCACAGCAACAAAAAAUAGACCGAGACAAUAUUUGUGGACGGGCUGACGUUAGCCUCACUCACAUGUGUGUGUGUGUGUGUGUUUGCUCUGGAGUCAGGCAGGGACACACACACUUACAAUAAUCCUGAACCAGGUUUAAAGGUCCAGACCUGAAGCUCCCAGUCUCCCCUGAAGGUCACCGUCCACCUGUACCUGUACUGGUACCUCGGUGUUCUGGUGGACUGGUUUCAGACUUCAUGACUUCAUGGUCCAGAUCUAAAUUCUGCACCGUCAGCGUCUUCCACCUGUGCUUGUUUACAUCAGGUAGUUGUCCGUAAUCCACCAUGAAAUUCCCCUCACUAACUGCUCCGGUAGGACUUGGCGGACGGAGAAAUUGCCGCUGUUCUGGAUCAGAAACUUGGUGGUGAGAGCGUCAUGGCAGCAGGUUUGAACCCGAGCUGAAGCUCCAGUUAGAGGAGGGUGUUUGUACUGGAGACUGUGAUUUCAGGUUCACAGUGAAAUACUCAUCAGACCUCAGAGUUCAUCAUCAUCUCUGCAGAAGUUUUGAGGAAGGAUCUGAAAUGACCUGCAGACAGUUGAGGACAGGAUCAGCGUGAGGACCGAGGAGGAGCAGCUUCUCUUUGGGCUCAUGAACCCCUGAGGAUAGACUCUCUGCAGGGUCUGGCUGAAGUCUGCACUCAUGAGGUCUGACUGGGACUGCAGCUGUUUUUGGGUGUGUGUGUGUAGAGAGAGAGAGAGAGAGAGAGAGAGAGAGAGAGAGAGAGAGAGAGAGGAGGUGUCGAGUUCUCGCUGUUUUUCUCUGAUAAGACGUUUCCUGUUGAAAGAAAAAAAAAACCUCAACAGUCUUUAACCAAUCAGGAGAGAGCGGGGGGGCUCAGAUCAGAUAAGAAGAGGAAGAUUAAAACCCUGACAUCUACAGAAAAAACCACAGGAUGAAAAAAAGUGUUGAUGAAUGGAGAAGUAUUGAUCUUAUAAUGAUCACUGAUCAUUGAUCCAAACACUCAGUUAAAAGCUUUUAAAUCCUCGCUCAGCCUCUUUUAGUGAUUUUAUCUGAACUCUGGAUCAUCACGGUCCUUUUUCAGACAUGUAGUUCACAACAAAGUCAUCUUCUUUUCUCAGUUUCACUGUAAAAACAUCCUCUUUAUUUACAGUGAAACUGAGACUGACCUUUGAGGGACAUAAUCAUGAACCCUGAGAUCAUGGCGGUGAAUUCCUCUGUUGGUCUGACCUCACGGCGGUCUCUCAGAGGUCAGGAAGUCUGGACUGGGAGGCCGGCUCAUUGCUAAGUACGCUGUCAUUGUUCCCAGAGGAUAUACCAUUGAUUUCAGACCAGUUACUAAACUGGGUCUGAAGAGUUCAGGUGGAUCUGAGAACCUGCUCAGAGUAAAACCUCGUCCACUCUGAGGACCUGAGUCUGUGGAAACUCCUGGACUAUAAAUGAACCUUCAGACCCACUGAGACGCAGACAGGAAGUAGCUUUAUUAAGCUGCGGUGACUGAUACUGUGCUGAUAAACUUAGACGUUAUUUUUAUGAGACCAGGGUGUAAAAAGUUUUUCUAUUUUGACCUGAUGAAUGAAUGAAUGAAUGAAUGAGGCAGCAGCAGCAGGUCUGUUUUCAUGAAGGCUCGAAGUGAAAGUUAAAGUCAGUUAUUACAGAGGAAACAUGAUCUGAACCUGCUGUGGUGGACCUGUGAUGGUGUCUCCCCUCUCAGCGUUUUUCAGUCUAAUAGACGUCUACAUGUGGUCGAGAUGACGGUCUAAAAUCAGACUACCACAGGUCUUUUCAGUCAGACGUCUAACUUUAGACCGAGUUUAGACCAGCCGGCUAACAGAGGUCUAACUGUAUAUCGCUCAACGAUUAUCAUAAUUAUGUUGGUUUAGUACCUGGAGAUCAGUUAUAAACUCACAGAUGCUUUUUGAAGUAAAUAGUUAUCGAAUAAUCGUCAACGUCUAAAAUUCUGUCUGCAGAUCUACAGAAUCUAGACGUUGAAAUUAGGUCUAAAAACAAACUAGAUGUCUAAUAGCCGUCUGUUGCUCAGUGGGUCCUGUGGAUUCAUGAUCCGUCCGCCCCUUCAGAAGGUCUUUGGUGGAUCACUGUGAUCCAGAACCAAAUUCAGACGUUCAUCAGAUUUUAUUUCCGUCUCUCUGCUCCGGAUCCUUCUGUGGUCACAGACGCUCCACGCUUUAACAGGAUUGAGAGCUGAGCCAAUUAGAUUAUUGAUCAAUUAAUUAAUUGAUCCCAUUUCAGCCAAUCAAGUGUGUGGAUUACUUACAUUCCUUUAAAUGAAAUUACUGCUGCUUUGGCCGAGAACAGCUGUCAGCAGACUCACGUUCGUCUUGGUGGAGAACAGAGAUGUUUGAUCACUCUUAUUUAACGUUUAUGAUCAUUCACUUUGAUUAACUUCAUUAUUAUUGAUUGAAAACAGCAGAAUAAAGUCUAAGAACAGUUUCAGAAUCAUCUCAAACGUCUCAGACCUUCACCUCCUCGGUUUCUACUCCAUCUGUUUUUAUUCGUUCUGAUAAAGUCGUGAUCGUUUUCUCCUCCACCUCCUUCAUGAGCAGAUUUCAGCUCAGACCCCUCCUCCUGUGCGUCCUCUCCUCUCCUCUCCUCGCCGUGGUCGUUGUUGGCGUGCGGCUGCUUGGAAAGGAUUAGUCUGUAAUCAGUCAGAUAGGGACUCAGCCGGGAGCUUACGCAGACUCCUGGAGGGCGCCGGCAGCUAAAACCCAACGAGGAGGAAGAUUAAGCAGGCAGGAGGUUCGACGUGGUCCCUCUUCUUCAUCUACGACCAAAACCUGAUGAUGACCAGAGAACCUGGUUUCUCUGAAGGACAGGAACUCACCUGAUAAACCAACAAGUCUGAAGACCACAAACCAGCUUCAUGUGACAAAUAAAAACAGACGACGACAACAUGACAUGGAGCGGACAGACAGACAUGGAUCUUUAGGGCAGAAAUAAUCUGACUUAUUGAGAAGAAGAAAAUAAGGACUAAUCAUGUUUAAAAUCAAUAAAUCCAUGAAUCCUGUUGAUGUGAUCGGACACGUUUUUAACCGUUUUUACAUCAGGACUCUGAGACGGUUCACACUGAGGCAGACGGACUAAAGAAAAGCCUGUAAGAAGAUUUAGAGACCAGUUCAACACGUCAAAAUAAACUCUGAGUCCAUAUGGAGAAUUCCAGCUGACAGAGGAGACGUCUGUCAGGAGGUUAUAUAAGAGCGAGAGAGUGAGUGACAGCAGGUAUGAAGGAGGAGGAGGAGGAGGAGAGCCCAGCUGUGAGGAGGUCGACCAGCUUCAUCUGUCCUCUUUAAAUAGAGUUAUUAAGGCCUCAAAUCAAUAUCACCAUAUAUUGAUCAGUUCACCUUUACAGAAUAUACCGAUACAGGCAAAAUAAUGUCAGUUAUUGUCAGUAAAUUUUCGUUUUAUCGCUCAGCCCUACUUCACCACUGAUGAUGAUGAUGAUGAUGAGGAAGUCCUCAGUUUGUUAUUGAAGCAGAGAUCUGAUCUGACACUUCUGUUCCCGGUCUUCAGUUCCACUUUAUUCAUGUGGUUUUGACUCUUACGACAUCUGGGGACACGUUUUGUUUUUGAGUUUGAGGUCUGAAUGUUUAAAUCAGCUGUUUUUAAACUUCCUCUUUCUCAAACUCCUGCUGACUUCAGCUGAUGAAGAAUCUCACCCCCGAUCUCCAGCUUCAUCCUGAUCGUCUCCUAAAAGGUCGUAUCCUCCGAUCGUAGCUGAUCAUAACCAUUCAAGUUAACGUGUCAAUUUACACCGACUUCUUUCCGUUCCUCUGAGGAUCGCCGGACUCCUCAGCUGAUCACAAGAGUUCUACAGUCGACAUUUCAACUGUUGUCAGAAUGUAGUUUGGGAUCAUAUGAAGGACGUAGAUGUUGCUCCUAAACCUGGAGAUAUUGUCUAAAACUGAGGAUGCAGCAUCUAUGAUUUCCAACUCUUCGUUGAAAGGACAGUUGGACUUACUUGGGAAGUUUCGCCUUAAGUAAGUCCAACUGUCCUUUCUAAAAGAGAGUUACCCCAAACUUCCAGGACCUCCAGAACAUCUACUAAAAGGUCGUAUCCUCUGGAAGGACACAAUCUACUGCUUAUAUGUCUAUGUGUCUGUCUUUAGAGAGACAACUCAUUAUCGCGCGAUUGAUCGUGAAUCUGCAGGUUCUUGUGAGUUCUUACGAUUACCGCUGUCUGGUAGGAAUUGGCGGACAGUGAAAAUCGCCGCCAUUCCGGAUGCGGUGGAUAUUUGGGGUUAGAGAUGAAGAGUCUGAGUGAUGAAGAGUCUGGAUAUCUCCCCUCACUUCUCCUGACGGACCUGCAGGUAUCAGGAUGAAACGGAGAGUUUCAGGUUCCGCUCAGAAGUGGACCCACAGAGGCCGGAGAUGGAGUUUCAGGUCUCCUCUGACCGAGUGAAACUAAAGCUGGUCCUGACACUGAUACUCACCUGAGCGCACACACACACACACACACACACACACACACACACACACACACUCACACACACACACACACACAGGUGUUCAGGACUCUGAUCCAGUAAAGACGUUAAAGUGAGGACUGAAGCAGGAUCCUCUGAUGGGGUCUCUGUAGUCCCUCAGGAUCAGUUUUUAGAACUGUCUCAAAUAUUCGAACCCUGGUACAAAUCAGGUCAGUGACCUUUGACCUGCUGCAGAUCCUCAUCAUUUCAAACACUGACAAACAGAUAAAGAGACGUGAACGAAGUCUGAACCUCCUGAGUGUGAGUGUGUCAGCGCUCUGAGGGUCAGAACUGAAGGACUUUUCUGGGUCUGGACCUCAGACUGAUGGUGUCCCUGGUGUUUCAGUGAUCCGGUCUCUGGUUUAUCAGGCGUGUUUCUGACUGAACAUGUCAUACCAGAGUCUUCAUCAUCAUCGUCAUCUUCACGGCGUGUGUUUGUCGGAGUUAUGAAACCCGGUCUGAGGACUUGUCUGGUCUUGUUGUGGACCUUCAGGAGGUUGUUGUGAAACCAGCUGGAUUUAGAGGCAGCAGUUUUACAGAGACAAACUCAGACUUCUGAAGGUCCCGGGACUCAGGUGGGAACAGGACGUGGGUCAGGUCUGCGGUCGGGGUCUUGGUUUCUGAAAAGACCACAAAGGAAGAGCAGAAAGGGGUCAAAGUAAAACCAGAGACUUCCUGUUAGAGACGGAGCUGACAGAGAGUCUGUGUUCGUCGAUGAGCUCUUCACAGUCGGUCCAACAGGAACCAGAACCAGAACAGUCCAGUUCCCCCACAGACUCACAGUCUGGUCGGGCUGGUCCCAGUGUCUGCAGAGUCUGUUAGUGUUUGUGUCGUUCAUGGACGAUUCGUUCAAAAGAACUGCUGAGUCAACGACGUGAACCGGAUCACUCAGACCUGAUUCGUUCCUUUCUCAGUUCCUGGCGUGUCAGUCAGGAGUAGAACUGACGCCUUUGACUCUUUGGCGAACGACAGACAGCCAGCCAGCGAGCGAGUGCAAAUGAACGACAUGAAUCAGUCAGUCUGUGAACGAAACGAACGACUUCUGAACGACUUGAGUCAGUCGGAGGAGGGAGGGGUGUAGCGUCGUUCCUGAACUGCCGAGCAGCGGUGAUAUAAAAGAACGACGACUCGCGCUCGUUUAGCGGCGUGCUGCUCGCUGCUGGGUUGAUUCCGCUGACAGACGGCGACACACAGAGAGGUGAGUUUUUCAGGGCGGGGGAGUGAUUCUUCCUUCGGGACUUGGCGAAUGAACAACAUGAGUCACCCAGUGAACGACGCUGUGACUUCAGCAGCAGGGGAGGGGCUAAUGAACGAACUCGAUGGGGCUCCGAAGCACUGACUGAUUCAGUGAAUGAAUCUUCUGAACGAAUCAUUUUAAUGAAGCGAUUCUAAAGAUUCAGUCAAAAGAACUGAUCUUCCAUCACCUGGUGACCUUCACUGUAAGUUCUGCUCCUCCGACCCAAACUGGACUCUGUGAUGCUCCUCUGAAGGUCUGGUUCUGGUCCUGGUGUUGUUGUGGUCCAAGUUCAGUUCGGAGCUCCUCCUCCUCCUCCUCCUUCUUCCUCUUUUUUUGUUCCUCUUUUCUUCUCUGAGAGUCGAAAAACAAGUGAGCGACAGGAAAAAAACGUCAGCCGAUGGAGAAAAGCCCGAGGAAAUGUUCCCUUUUAGAGAGAGAGAGUGUGUGUGUGUGUGUGUGUGUGUGUGUGUGUGUGUGUGUGUGUGUGUGUGUGUGUGUGUGUGUGUGUGUGUCCAUCCUCCAGAGCCAGCAUCAGCCUUUGUGGUUCCCCUUUUCUGAACGCUCUUCCACGCCGCCACCUCCUCACCGCCACAAAAACAAAAACAAACAUGGUGGAACAUCUCUGUGUUGGUGGUUUUUCUGACCCACAUUGAUCAGGUCUGAACCUCAGACUUGAGUCUGUGCUGGUCUAAGAGGACCAGUGAACCUCCAUGAACGGUACAGAGGGUCAGAAACGCCGACAUUUUUACAGACAUAGACAGCAUAGAUCUGCGUCUGUAGAUGUUUAGAUGUAGAUGUUUACAUGAAUUUGACAUGCAGCUGAAAAUCCUGUCGUAUGAAGUUAAUUUAAAGUUCUGAAGUUUCUGUCUGUAAACUGUAAAUAUAUUUAUACACAGAGGUAAACGUUCAUACGUUCAUGUGGAGAGAAACUAAGAGGAGAGAAGAGCGUCUCUCUGCGUGUUCGGAUGUGUUCAAAUAAAAGUUUGUUCAGUUCGUUUCGGUUUGAAUGAAAAAAACAGAAGUGACUUUAACAGAAACCAUUAAACGUCUGUUUCUGUUUGUUUCUGUGAAUCUAACCGCAGCUUCUGUUUUUUUGAGGUUAGUGAUGGAGGAGCAGAAACUAAAAACAGGAUUCUUGAUGGUAACUCCAACGUUGGUCCUCCUGUCCGAGAUGAAACAUGUCCGGACUCGUUCAGAAACAAACCGGGUCUUUGUCCUCCGGGUCAGAGUCCACAGGCUGAUGUUUGCCUGAUGAUAAGAAAGACCCAGCUUGUGCUUUUGAAUAUUUACCCACAAUCCCUUUCACCGUUGAGCGCUAACGUUAAAGUCUGAGGAGAUCAAUGAUCUCUGUGAGGGUCGAUGUCCUGAUGGACCGAAGGCCCGCCACUGUUAAAGGUUCUUCAGUUACCUUUAACUCUAGAGGUUUUAACGUUUUAAUUUAAAGGGUUUUAACAUUUUAAGUUUUAAUAUUUCAAUUUUAAAAGGUUUUAACAUUUGAUUUUCGAGGUUUUAACUUUUAAAUUUUAGAGGUUUUAAUAUUUGAAUUUGAUGUUUUGAUUUUAGUACAAACAGUUUUAUUGUAGAGAUUUUAAUAUUUUGAUAUUUAAGGUUUUAACAUUGUAAUUUAAAAGGUUUUAACACUUUAAUUUUAGAGGUUUUACGGUUUAGUUUUAACGGUUUUAUUUUGAUUUUAGAGGUUUUAAUAUUUUAAUUUAAUUGGUUUUAACAUUUGGAAUUUAGAGGUAUGAACAGUGUAAUUUUAAAGGUUUUAAUAUUUUAAUUUAAGAGGUUUUAAGGCUUAACUUUUAGAGGUUUUAACCAUUUCAUUUUAGAUGUUUUAAUAUUUUAAUAUCAGAGGUUUUAACAUUUUAAUUUAAGAGGUUUUAACAGUUUAAUUUUAGAGUUUUUAACAUUUAAAUUUUGAAGGUUUUAACAUUUUUAUUUCAGAGGUUUUAAUGUUUUAAUUUUAGAGGUUUUAUCGUUAAAUUAUGUGGAGGUUUUACCGCACAGGUAUAAAUCCUCCUGACUUUGUAACUCUCUUUUUAAUAUUUUAAAAUCUGAUCUUUGAGGUCGAACAAGAAUAAAAAAGGUGAUUCUUUGUGAUCAUCUUUAUUGAUCGGUCUGAUCUCCUUCUCCUUCUUCUUCUUCUCUCUCCUCCAGGAUGCAGAGGCGGCCCUGGUGGUGCGUCAUCAGUCCCGCGCCUGGUGCUGGUGCAUGUGUCUGGGUGUGGCCCUCAUGCUGUCAGGAGUGGUGGUGGGAGGAGCUUACCUGUACCGCUAUUACAUCAUGGAGGUGAGCAGGCAGCACGGACAGUGGUGGGACAGUCUCUCCUCCAGCGGAGAGGUAACCUGAACCUGAAUCCUUCACCUGAACACCCGGGACUAAAAAAGAGUUUCAGGGGUCAGAGGGCAGAUCUGAGUGUAGUCCAGGAAACUAAACAAACCGUUAAAAUAUGAAGAGACUGAAAUCAGGAGAGACGGUUACAUUCCUCAGAGACUGAAGUCACACCUGAGAGGAGGAGGAGGAGGAGGAGGAGGAGGAGCAGCUAACACCAGAUCAGAGUUUUCAGGACAGGUCGGAGCAGGUAAAGAGCUGAGUCUGGAUUUUACUGUCAGUGUCGGAGGGGCAGAGAGAGAGACGGAGAGAGAGAGAGAGUGAGAAAGAGAGAGAGAGAGAGAGAGAGUCUCAGAGUGGAAGAGUUCACUCUAACCUGAUAUUUGUGAUUCUAACUUCAAACUGUCCUGUACAGAACUUCAAAAUAAAAGCAUAAAACAAGGACAGUCUCUGCAGAGUAAAAAGAUCAGGCUUUUAUUUUGAAAAUCCUUCUAGAAAUGGUUCUAUGUUGUAUUUUCUACACCUGAGACCUGAACAAAGCUGAUAGAGAGUCAGUCCUGCCUGAACCAGACCAAACUCAGAUCUAAGAAAACCUUUGUUUGACUUUUUCAGGACCAGGUGAGAGAAAGACCGUGUGAGGAUCAGGAUCAGGACUUAGUAAAUCCACCAAAGAAACGCUGCUGAUCUGGACCUCACUGAGUUUAAAUGUGGUUCCUCUAAAAUGUGGAGCUUUCAGGUUUCAGCCGCACACACUGAUAUCUACAGAUCAAACUUCUGAUAUUUGCCUCUCUGUAGCUGCAGAGUUCGUCCUCAGGCGUCCGUCAGCUGUUCUCGUUUUAAUCGAGUUUGUUAAAGUGAAACUGUCGGACUCUCUUCUCAAACCAUCAGGAAGUGAUCUGAAGUUCUCGUUCUCGUUGACUCUUGUUCUCAGUCUUAUGAGAAGGAUCAGUUCUGACCCCUGUUGUUGUUGUUGUUGUUGUUGUUGUUGUUGUUGUUGUUGUUGUUGUUUGUUGAUGUUGUUGUUGUUGUUGAUGUUGUUGUCGUUGUUGUUGUUGUUGUUGUUGAUGUCGUUGUUGUUGUUGUUGUUGUUGUUGUUGUUGUUGUUGUUGUUGUUGUUGUUGUUGUUGUUGUUGUUGUUGUUGUUGUUGUUGUUGUUGUUGUUGUUGUUGAUGGUUUUAUUUUCUAUAUUUUCUGUGUCGAGGUCUAAAGCUCGACCACGGUCAGAUCUGUGUGUUGGAUGUUGUUUCUCGUCUCUGGAGGACUAACAGGAUCUCUGUGUCUCUUCAGCAGGAGGGGGAGGUCUACUUCUGCGGGGUCAACUACCGUGAGGAAGACUACAUGAUGCGGGAGGAAGAGGAGGUACGGUUCAGAAACUCUUAUCAGACAGCAGAGGAACCCCACGCUUCAGUUCAACUAACAGCAGAGUUUCAGGAGGUUCUUAUCAAUCAGAGCAGACUGAGUCACCGAUCGAUUGAUCACUCUAGUUAUUGAUUGACUGACAACAGCGGACUGACAGCUCAGCCCUGAAAUAUGUUUGUAGACAGAGAUUUAAAAGUCAGACGGUUCAGACUCAGGUUUUUAUCCAGAGACUGAACAACGACAGGAAGUGCUGAGAUCCUAAACUGGUUGAACUGGUUUCCAGGUGGAGGUGGAGCUGCCUAACCAGUACCACCUGCGGCAGAUCGAGGAGAGGAUCAGGGUGCUGGAGAGAGAGCAGGUGGAGCUCAUCAACGUCCCCGUGCCCGAGUUCGAGGAUGGAGACCCCGCCGACAUCGUCCACGACUUCCAGAGGGUGAGAGAGAGUGAAGCCCCGCCUACAGUGUGACAUCACACACCGUCAGCUGUUUUCUAACAUUAACCUCUUAAAUCAGUCCACCGUGUGUCUGUGUUUUCACUUUAAAACACUAAGACGUGAUUUUACUGAAUGACGAGGAGUCGUGUUGUUUUAGUCGGCCUGUUUGAGUUUGAGUUUUAGUCUUUUAGUCGUUUUAGUUUUUAUUAAUUUUAGUCAACGAUUGUACUCUCUUUUUAAUAAUAUAAUUCUGUUUAACCCGGUUAAUAGAACUAGUUUAGUAUAGAAUAGAUAAAACUACAUUUCUCUUUUAGUCACAAAUCAAACAUGGUUACCUUAUUGUUAUAUUAUUGUUACUUUAGAGACUGAAGAAAACAUCCAUUCAGACGUGGAAGAUGAUCUGAGCAGACUGAUCACACACACACACACACACAUGCGCGCUCGGCUGGACACUGUAGAAAAGAAAGUGUCGUUACGUCAGCGUCUUAACCUUCCUCGAGUUCAUCAUGAAAGACCUUCAGAUGUCUUUUUAGAUCCGUGUUGUUUUUCUCAGUCAUUUUACGGUCACAUUUCUCCCUUUUUCUUUUUCCACGACACACACGUCUGUUUUGUUUUCCACUUGUUUGUAAUUGAAGUCUGUUCAGAUAUCACUUUUCCCGGCCAUGACUCCAACUCACCCAAAAACGUCUUAAAAUACCUCGAGUUAGGGGAUUGAGGAUGUGACGUCGCCAAGGAAACAGAAAACAAAAACAACGAUGAAACAGUUUCGUCUCGUUUUAGUCAACGAAAAUGAAAAGAUGUUUUAUCAGAGUUUUUAUCUAGUGAACCACAUUUAGUCUCAUUUUUAUUCCUCAACAAUAUUAGAUUAUAUAUUUAGUUAUAGUUAUUCGUCAGCAGACCACCGUUUACGUUUCGUCUCGUUUUCAUCACCUGAUAAAGGUUCUUUGAUGACGAUAGUUCGUCAUAAUUUUCGUUGAUGAAAACAACACUAAUAAGAAGAAGUCUCUUGAAUGAUUUCUCCGUGUGUCUCUCAGAGGUUGACCGCCUACCUGGACCUCAGUCUCAACAAGUGCUACGUCAUCCCCCUCAACACCUCCAUCGUCAUGCCCCCCAGAGACUUUCUGGAGCUGCUCGUCAACGUCAAGGUAGGAACGGAGAUCUGAUUCAGAGAUCCUCACAGACAUCAGGACCACUGAGAGGGUGGAGAGCUUCAUGCUCCUCUGUGUUCCUCUCUCCUCAGGCCGGCACAUACCUGCCCCAGUCCUACCUGAUCCACGAGGAGAUGGUGGUGACCGAGCGCCUGGAGCACGUGGACCAGCUGGGAUACUUCAUCUACAACCUCUGCCGCAACAAAGACACCUACAAGCUGCAGCGCAGGGACCGGAUCCUGGGUGAGCGGACUCUGUGUUUACUGGUUCUGAGAGGACGGAGGAGACAGACCAGACCAGAUCGGAGUUUUAACCCUCUCCUCUCCUCUCCUUGUCUCACAGGUAUGCAGAAGCGUGAAGCUCUGAACUGCCACAAGAUCCGUCACUUCGAGAGCCAGUUUGUGGUGGAAACUCAGAUCUGCGAGCCUUAAAGAGACCUCGGACGCCUCACACCUGCUCUUAAAGUCUGCAGUGAGAUUUGUGUUGUUAACCCUCACCUGUCCUCUUUUUUUCCACCUUUACUUCAGGUAGUUUGAGUGAGUGAGAGGAGUCAAAUGUGAAGCUGUUUGAAUUUCUGUCGAUUGUUCAAAAAGGAGAAGAAGAAGAAGAAGAAGAGAUGUGUAUUUUUUCACUUUCCUGACGGGGAUCUCUGGCAUUAUGAGGAUUUCAGAUGAUGAGCAGCUUCCAAUCAGCGUUCAGACCAGUAAAUUAUUUUAAUCACCAACCAGGAGGCUGAUUUUUAUAGUCAAAUGUUCAGAUUGGUUUGUGUUUCUUUGAGUCCAAAUUUCAAAGAUUUCAGAUAAAAAGGGCGACUUUUAUAUAAACCCAUCAGUCCAGGGAGACUUCUGUGUGUUUCUGUUUAUUUUGUAUUUUGUCUGCUGUAGCGAUUAAAACACUGCACCUGUUUCUUUCUUAACUGGAAAAUGAUCUUUAUAUAAUAGAAGAGUGGACGUAGGUUUGCUUCUCUUUAGCUUUAAGAAUAGAGUAGAGGAUGUGAUCACCUUGAAUCAGAGAGACGGGCUCACACUUCAGCGGAAAAAUCUUUUUCACAAGGGAUGUCUAUCGUUUUUUUUUUUUGAAUGUGUAAUUUUUUGGAUAACUCUUCUUGUACUAAUUUGUGUAUAUAAUCUCUUUAAAGAUAUGAACAGACCAACACAAUAAAAAACACAAAAACAGAC